AUGCAAAUUAUAGGGAAAAUCAUUAAAAAUUAACUUAGAGAAAUGCAAUAAUUGCUCAAAGAAUCCAAGGCAUCCACUUAGAUAAACUUAAAGAUUUUAUCAUUGUUCUAUGUAGGAAUCAGAUUGAGUAUUUUAUUGCCCACAUCUUAAUUUGCGAAUGAAAAUUACAAUGAUGAAAAAUUUAUCUUAUUAAAAACAAUAAUAAAUUGGUUUACAGUGCUUAGCCCUAUAAAUUCUAUGAAUAACCAUAGUAUUAUAAUAAUCUCUGUAAUAAUAAUAAGCAUACUUCAUUGGAUCUCUACUUUAAUUAUUAUUUUUGGAAGCUUUGAAUCUAAAAUUUUACACCAUUAUAGCCAGAAGUACUUCACCUACUUAAGCUCUCUUCUACUCUAUCCUACAUUUAUACACAUACAAAAUUUAAAAUUUAUUGGUGAUUUUAAUGAAAUUGUUAUUGUUUCCAUCAUCCCUGUCAUUUUCAAUUCAACUAUUUAAAAUUACAUUCAGCGUAACUACUCUCUACCUACCAGAAACCCUUUUGUAAAAAGACAUCGAAUUUCAAAUUAUCUUAUUUCUUUGAUAGAAAUGAUUGGAUUGGUUUCAAUAGUAUACAUAUCAGAAGAAUAUCAAUGUGUGUUAUUGAUUUUAAUAUAUUUUGUGCAGCUCUUAGAUGCUUUGUUCGUAAAUCCUUAUUAAUAUUAUGUAAAUUUAUAAUAUUGCUUUUGGAGCAGUCUUCUAUUUUUUGCAUCCCUGUUUAAACUGAUCGCCUUUUUUUGGGAUACAUAUUAAUAUUUCUACUUAGGUAUAUACCUCAUACCGUUGUUGAGCUUUGUGGUAUAAGGAUAUUUUCAAUAACAACAAGAAGAUAAUUUAAUUUAGAAUUGUCUAUAAAAAGAAUUGCUGUUACAAAUUGUAGACAUGUAUUAUUCAGGAAAUGAAAUCACAAAGAACAAGAUACUGUAUAUAAUACGUACGAAAUUCUAAAUAGUGAUAAAAGAGAAAUUCGACAUUGACUUGUAGUUGUAGUAAUGCAUAAUGCAACUAUUCACUAAAAUCAUCGAGCAACAAAAUAUCUCAGAGAGAUAUCAAGAUGAGGACUUUUAUAUCUAUAAGAUCCUAUUUUUUUUGUAGACAUGCGAAAAACAGAAUCUAGGAUACAUUAAGAUGAAAAAGUUUUAGGCAUCAACAAAUUCUCAGUCAUUAUACUUUCAGAUUCUAGCAGAUAACAUUUAUUCUUCAGUUGUUAAGAAUAAAAUGAAAAAAAAAAUAACUCAACAAACAGAUGACUCUCAAAAUUCAUUAAGUUUAACAGAAAUAAGAGCAAGUUAAAUGUUACAUGAAAAAAGCAUGACUGUUAUUGCAUAAAUACUAUCGACGAAACUGAAAUUCUGGGAGAGAUUAUAAUAAGGAUAUUCAAAAAUUGAAGAGUUGGCAAAACAGUCAGAAAAUUUAAGUAAUUUACUAAUUAAGUUAAAGAAUCUAGUAUUUAGUGAACUAUAAAUUAAUGUUUUUUCAAUACAAAAAGAUUUAUUCAAACUCAAUAUUUUAGAUUUGAGAUUGUUGUCUCUCAUAUUCUCAGGAGUCUUAAAUGAUUUCCAUAUAACAUUAGAAAUUGAGUAGCGAAUAGAAGAACUGCUUAGUUUCGAAAGAAAUUUAUAAAGUCGAAAUAUCUUAAAUACUACUCUUUUGAAUGACGAGGUUAUCUUAGUAUCUGUGAGUAUGUUGAAGAAUUAAGGGCAGAUUAUGGCCAGCAAUAGAACUAAAAUGUAGAAGUUCUUUCAGUAUCCCACAGAAGAUUCAUUCAUGCAAAUUUAACAUAUAAAUUAAUUGCUACCUAAAUACUUGCAAGAGAGACAUGAUGAAUUUGUCAACAAUUUUCUGAGAAUUGGAGAAUCAUUUAUAUUUGAAUAAAGUAGAGAUGUAUUCCCUAUAUAUUAAACAGGUUUUUCAUUCAAUUCUACUCUGUAAUUAGUGCAUUCGUAUGAUAAUUUAGAUGAUUAUAUAGUGACUGCGGCAAUAAAGUAAGUGAAUGAAAAUACUGAUUUUAUUAUCUUUGAUGAUACAGGAAGAAUCUUGGGGAUAUCAAAGUCCAUUUAAAAUAUUUUGUUAUCAAAUAGUAAGUAGGAAUUUGAUGAGCAAAUUUUAAAGUCUUACAUUUUCUUCUGGUUUCAUAAUUUAUUUGAUUCUGUCUAAUAGUUUUAGCAGGAAUAGCAAAAUGAUUAGUUGAAUACAUUUAAGAUUAGUACCCAGAAGACGUUUGUCACCCCAAUUUCGGAUAUUGAUAUUAUAUUAAGGGAACAUGAAACCUACAGAAAAUCUCAUUUGAUAACUUAAACAAGUGGAAUGAAGACGGAAUAAUAAGAAAAUACUUAUCAUUAAGUUUAAUCACAACCUAAAUACACGUGCUUUAAGAAAAACUAUAUAUAAUAGACCCAAGAUUUUGUUUCCAGUUGUUCUUUGAAAGAAAACUCCGUGCAUCCUUAUUAUCAGAUAGUGUAUAAUCUCAUAUUAAAUGUAAUGAAAAAUAAGUAUCCAUAUUUUUUGAUGCAAAUUACUGAAUAUAGAUAUAAAGAUGUAAAAAAAUAAGGUCUUGAAUUGUCCAAUAGUGCUAUUAGCUCUUUUUAUCAGUCCAAAAAUAUGAAAACAACCGACUAAGUCGAGGAUGAUUUUCAAUUGGAUGAAAAUGAUGGACCUUUAAACUUUGUCAUCAACUAACCGGUUGUUAAUAAGUUAUUGAUAAAUGAUCAAGAUGAUGAGACUUACUAAGAAGCUAAUGUGAAUCGAAACUUGCCAUAAUAGAAGUCUAUUGACCCUAGGGAAAGCAAUUUGGUGUCUCCAAGAGGAAACAGAGAGAUCUUGAUUUAAAAAGAAUAUGAUUAUGAAGACGAAGAGGAGGAAGGCAGGGACCAAAAAUCAAAGGUGGAUAAGAGCAGUUCUUAAAAAGAGUAACGGGCAGAUAUUUUAUAAGUUGUUUUGAGAGAACAAAAUUUGGAGUAAAAUGAUGGACAUAAAUAAAAUAAGCAAUCUGUUACUAGUGCUACAUCUGAUAAAACCCAGAACUCUGUAUAUAAUUUGAUUAGAAAACUUACUUAUUCGGAAUAGAUGCAAACUUCAAUCAUCAAAAGCAUAGUUAUUUGUAUUGUUUUGACAUUGAUUAUGAUGGUACUAAUAAUUUCAGAGAUGUAGAUUGCACGGUCUAAUACAGAUUAAUUGAAAUAUGAUAUACCUUUGGUGAGAAUACCUCAGAGAUUCAAUCGACUUUAUUGUACUUUUGUGACUUUAGGUUAAUUGGAUCUGUAAUUGAAUUUAUUAAAUCAAUCUUAUGGAGCUCUAUAUGAAUAUCGUGUUAAAAAUGAAAGCAUAAUUAGAAGAGAAGAGAUGUUGAGUAUGAUGACGGAUCUCAAAAAUGAAUUCGCAAAAUUGGAGGAAGAAAAUAGAUUACCUGUUGUGGCAGUUCGAAUAAUUAAUGAAUUUUCAUAUUAGGAAUUGAAUAUAACAAUGAUUUAAUUUGACUCUAUGGUAAAUGAAUACACUGAGAGAAUUAACUAAUACUUAUAAGGUACGGAUGAAAUUAGCUACGUAGAGAAGAUUUAAGUGUUGGUCUAGUUUUUGAAGGGUAACUUGAUUAAUCAAUUGAAUCUCACUAUCAAGUUAGUGAAAGAAAUUGAAAAUGAAUUCUUUAAUUUAAUCACUUAUUUUGAGACAGAAUAUCUUAUAUUUCUCUUAGUGUUACUUUGGAUUAUAUUCUUUAUGUUGAUAUUGCAAUUUAGACAAUGGCAUUAACCGUAUAUAUACAUGUAGACUGUUUUACUUCUCAUAAGUAGGAUAUCAGAGAAGGAUAUUGAAUAUUCUUGUCAAAAGAUGUUGUAUAUUUCGAAUAUGCUGGAUAAAGAUAAACAACUAUGGAAACAUAUCAAUUAUUUUAGAGAGUAUUUCUGGUUCUCAAGAACAAGUACACACAAUUCAAUCAAAUAUACCUCAAGUUCUGUAUCAUAAUUAAAACAAACGUCGAAAUAGAGUUCCACUAGAGUCAAAUCAGUGUCCAGAAUUCAAGAAACAAACUUUUCAAUUCUUAAUAUCUACUUAAUGUUGUUUUUCCUUUGGGUUCUAUUGUCUGGAUAUGUUCUAUCAACCUUCUUAAUUAUGAAACAGAAUAUGGAGGAUUCUCAGCCUGAACUAAGAUUGGCCAUGGAAUAUGUUAGAUUCAAAUAGGAUUUAGAUGGAGUUAUGAUAAUUAGUUAAUUACUAAAGAACCAAUAGAUCCUAAUUGAUGAAACCAUGGCAAGUGGAGUGUUCCGUCUAAAUCCAGAAUUGAGCACCAAAGAUAAAUACUUUACUAGAUUAUAUGCUGAAUUGCUAAAAUAGUUCGUUAUUCUCCAAGAAGAUUCUACUUCAAUUUUCGAACAUAUAUAUAAUGAUAUAGUAGCAUCCAAAAAAAUCAGUUCAGCAAAUAAAGAUCUACUCUUAAAAAUGUAUGAGACUGACUUAUGUCUGAUUAUACCUUCUCAACUACCCUUCUGUGAAUAUGAAAAUGGUCAAUUCAAAUAUUUCCCUACAUACCCAUCAGCAGAGGAUAUGGAUGACAAUCGUAUGCUCUACAGAUAUGGAAUUAAUGGGAUCUUUUAAACCAUAUAAUCCAUCUUUACCACUCAUUAUUCUCUUGAACUCAACGGUAUUAAAGAUACAAAUUUGACUAUAGUUAAUUAAUUCCUACAAUCCCCAGAAUAUAUCUAAGUCAUUCUAUCUUAUACAUUUGAUAUCAGUUUUGCACUAUUAGAAUUCUAUUAUACUAUUAUCCAAGCCUCUUUGGACAUUUUGGAAGAAGAUUAUCAAACGAUUGUUAUAUAUGUGGUCACUUUUGGCUUGGGGGCUUUAAUUACCUUUUAUUUAGUUAUUUUUAUUCGGGCCACUACACUUUAGUAGAGAGUCUAAUCAAUUAGAUAAGCAUUAAUAAUAAUCCCUCACGAGUCACUUUAAGAUUAAUCAAUAUUAAAUGCGAUAAGAAAGAUUGACAGAACUCUUUGA